AUGUCUCACCAGAAAAAGCAGCCCACUCCCUGUCCUCCCGUGGGUUGUGGAAAGACCUCUGGUGGAGGAGGCGGCGGCGGCGGCUAUUGUAGCGGUGGUGGUAGCGGUGGCGGCUCCAGCUGCGGAGGUGGCUCAUCUGGAGGAGGCUCUAGCUGCGGAGGCGGAGGCGGUGGUUCCUAUGGAGGUGGUUCCAGCUGCGGCGGUGGAGGCGGCUCCGGGGGGGGCGUCAAGUACUCUGGGGGCGGCGGUGGCUCCAGCUGCGGCGGUGGCUACUCUGGCGGCGGCGGCUCCAGGGGCGUCAAGUACUCCGGUGGCGGUGGCGGCGGCUCCAGCUGCGGCGGUGGCUACUCUGGCGGCGGCGGCGGCGGCUCCAGCUGUGGAGGCGGAUCGGGAGGCGGCGGCUCCUACUGCGGAGGCUCCUCCGGAGGCGGCAGCUCCGGUGGCUGCGGCGGCGGUUCUGGAGGGGGCAAGUACUCCGGUGGCGGCAGUGGCUCCAGCUGCGGCGGCGGCUACUCCGGCGGCGGCUCUAGCUGUGGCGGCGGCUAUUCAGGCGGUGGUGGAUCCAGCUGCGGCGGCGGCGGUUACUCCGGUGGCGGCGGCAGCAGCUGCGGAGGUGGUUCCUCCGGUGGUGGCGGCGGCUCCUCGGGAUCGUCCCAACAGUAUCAGUGCCAGAGCUACGGAGGCGGUUCUAGCGGUGGCUCCAGCUGCGGCGGCGGCUACUCCGGUGGCGGAGGCUCCAGCUGCGGUGGCGGCUACUCUGGUGGCGGAGGCUCCAGCUGUGGAGGCGGUUCCUCUGGCGGUGGCUCCAGUUGCGGUGGCAGCGGCGGCGGCUAUUCCGGCGGUGGCGGUGGCAGCUGCGGCGGCGGCUCUUCUGGCGGCGGCGGGGGCUAUUACUCCUCCCAGCAGACCAGUCAGACCUCCUGCGCCCCCCAGCAGAGCUACGGAGGGGGUUCUUCCGGCGGAGGUGGUAGCUGCGGAGGUGGUUCCUCAGGCGGCGGUGGCGGCGGCUGCUACUCCAGCGGUGGUGGUGGCGGCGGCGGCAGCGGUGGCUGCGGUGGAGGCUACUCCGGAGGCGGCGGUGGCUGUGGCGGCGGCUCUUCCGGGGGCAGCGGCGGGGGCUGCGGAGGCGGCUAUUCUGGAGGCGGCGGCGGUGGUUCCAGCUGCGGCGGCGGCUCCUCCGGGGGCGGCUCUGGAGGUGGCAAGGGUGUGCCAGUCUGCCACCAGACCCAGCAGAAGCAGGCGCCUUCCUGGCCGUGCAAGUAAGGUCACCAGGCUGCAACGGAGACAACAGAGCUGGAAGAGUUCUCCGUGGGCGCCUAUGGGCUUAACUUUCUCAUGAAUUUGCCUGAGGUUUCCAAACCCUUCACAUUUUAAGCGCUGCCCCUCCCC